AUGACCAUGGACAAGAUGCUCUCGGUCCCUGGCCAGAGCUUUCUUGUGAAGAUUGACGAGCCAUACUCGCGCGGUGAGAAAGGCGACAUGUUCAGAAUGAUUUGCCAGCUUGCGUACGCUGUGCCAAAUUUCUUUGCCGCUGAAGUGCCCGUGCAGCGCUUCAAUCAGAAAGAGAACGAUGAUGUGAGAGAGAGGUUCAACCUCACCUUGAAAGACUUCCCCGCUUUCUAUCUGUUUACGGAUGGCAGCACAGACGGAGUCCGAUAUACAGACGCAGCUCAAGCAGCCAAUAUGAUCAAAUGGCUUCGCUCACGCGGUAUAUUGAUGCCGUCCAUUGACACCAUCGAUGAGCUGGAUGAAGUUGUGAAUGAUUUCCUGAGCGAACCCAGUGCCAGGCAUAUAGAGAAAGCGAAGGAACUCGAGCGCAAGUAUACGAAUGAUGCGAAAGCGCCCAUGUAUGUCAAGAUCAUGGAGAAAUGCCUGGCCCAAGGAGCCAGCUAUGCUGCAGAUGAAAUUGCGCGUGUGAUGAAGAUUUUGCAGGGCAAGGUGCACCCUCAGAAGAGGGCGGAGCUCAGCGACAAGCUCAAAGUGCUGAAAGUCUUUGCAAAGAUGGAGGCUUGCGAUGUAUUUCAAUGUCCGGAGGGAUAUCAUAAGAAGUUUGGAGCAGCAGGCAUCAUCGGAUCCGAUGCGCAAACUUGCUGCAAACCUCCUUGUAUAGAUACGGAAGGCGAUGAGCACGAUGCUCAAGGACACCACUGUGACUACUACGACGAGCGCACUGCUCCAGAAUGUGGCGAUUGGGACACUGGAGCAUUUCGUGCCAGCAGGAUGUGUUGCGCCUGUGGCGGAGGGCAUGUCAAGAUACCAGAAGCUGAUGCUUGA